GUCUGUGCGCCCUGCUGCAGCAUGGAAAAGACUCUCCUACCACCCAGGAGAGGGUGAAGGCCUGGACGGACUGCAUCUUAGAUCGCCUCGUGGGCAUCACCGCCUCUGGUGGCAGAGCAGUUGCCAUUGAGGUCGCAGAGGAGUGCCUCUCCGUGCCGUUCCAGCGGCUGAUUCCGCUGAUGAGUGAGGACAUGCGCGAGCGCCUUGCGGAUUGCUUGGGUGAGCAUGCGCUCCUCCACAUGGACGAGGCCCAGCAGAAGAACUUGCUGGAGGGCUUAGGCGCAGAAGCCAAGUGCCCCGUGCUCAUAGAGCGGAUCGAGGCGCUGAUGGCGAGUUGCACCAAGGAGCUCAACACUUGGCUUGCUCUAGCACCCCGCUUUCCGUUCACGCCACUGGCGCUUGCAGACGCUCUUGCGCGGGCUGAACACCCAUUGCUGCGUUUCUUCACCUUCGCACGCCAGCCGAGCCAGAAGGAGGCCUUCCUCAUGGCAGUGGCGCUGUGUCUGCAGAGCUUGCGGACACGUCUCCGGUGGAUGGGGUCAGCAGAGCCCGUGUUGGAAAGACUGAGUCACGAUCUGCAGCAGCGCCUGUUCUUCGUGAAGAAUCAGGGCGCUGUCAUGGAGAUCUGGCUUGCGUCUCGCCUGAAGAAGUACAACGAGGAGGCCGCCGGCCGGGUAGCCUCGAUCCUCGCCCAGCCCGGAGUUCCGAAGCUUCUGCCGCUGAAGACAAAGCUGCUUCCUCUGCUGCCGCCGCUCCCGGAGUCGGACGACCAGCCAGGUGACUGGGUGGAGCUCGACGGACCCUCGCCGCUGGCGGACGCCGUCGCGGAGUGGCUGGGGGAGGAUGCGGCAAACUUCAAGCCUCCACAGCACACGCUGUCUUUCGACACGCUGCGAAACCUGCUUCUGCGGGCCGGUCGCUGGAUCGAGGUCGACCGCGAGCAACCCCGGAUCCGGCUAGCCCCGGCCUCCGUGGCGGCGCCCUCACUUCAGAUGCUCACGCAGAAGCCUGCGCCACUUCCACCGCCGCCUCUGCCACCUCCCGCGCUUCCUUCGCCAACCAGCGAUGGCGAGAGUCAGAGAUCUCCUGGCCCGUCCCCUGUGGAUGAAUCAGGCCAAGGCGAGGUCGACAACCUGAUCGACUUGCUGAUGAACGAAGCGCUGGCACCCGUGAACCCUGAGAUGCGGAACUUGGUGCAGAAAGUGAGCCAUGGAGUCUACCGCGUCAGCGGGAAGGAGGUCACACUUCAUACCGUAAGCGGUGCUCUCUACGUUUACCGCAUCGGUGACUCCAUCAAGUACAUGCCCAUCAAGUCGCUCCUGAUAGAGGAGGGCCUCCUCCCUUCCGAGGAAGUUGCAGGUAGCAGGCAGGGCUCUGCCCCGCCGGUGGACACGUCCUCU